UUCUAAAAUUUAAUAAAAUUAACUAAAAACACCAACCUCAAAAUGAACACCACCAAUGACUGGGAAACAAUUUCUUCAGACUCCCAACACGAUUCAAAAUCAGGCAUCUCUGCUUCAGAAUCCCUUGGAAAAAUGAUCGAAAUAGACUUUUCAAAAAUAAAAUCAGUAAUCCAGAACGACCAAGAUGACGAUUUCAAGCGCAUGAGGCUAAAACGUGCUGCUCAGACCAUAAAACUCGAAAAUUGCCCUGAAGAAGAGAAGACUGCAGCUGGCAGGAAGCUCAUCAAGUUCAUGCUUGAUGGAAAUGAGCAGGAAUAUGAGUGCAUCCUCAAUCCCAAAAUUGGCACUGCAAUGUACUUACAAAUCGGCAAAGAUACAAAGAAAUAUGUCGGCCAAAACACAAACCAGAUAUUAGUCACAAGGAAAAGUGUAGCUCAGAAUACAGUAUCUGGCUCUAAAAGAAAGGCAGAGGAUGCCUCUGGUUCAGCUUCUGCUUCGAAAAGAAUCAAGACUUCUUAUACUGCCCUAAAUAUUGCCUCACAAUCCAAUAGAGGCAUAGACCAAUACAAGAAGAUGUUGAAACCGCGAAGGUUGGAUAAACCGAGAAAAUCAGUAAAGAGAUAUACAAAGAUAGUGGUAAAGGCUCUUGCUGAUGAAGAGAUCUAAAGGUAGCCGAAUUAGAGUAGUGAGCCCUUUGUCUUGAAACUACCAAAAUAAAAGUUUGAUAGUCUUCAAUAAU